GCCGCUCGCAGCCCCCCGCCCCUGCGCGCCGUGCCCGCAAGAUGGCGGCUGCCGGCCGGGCCUGGCGGGCGGCUCUGCUGCUGUCCCCUUGGCGGCUGCGGGCCCCGUGCCGAGCCUACGGCGCUGCGGCGGGGGUUGGCGGCGGCUGUGGUGGUCGCCGCUUGCUCUUGAGUGCUGCCUUCGCUCUGGGCGGCGGCACUGGUCUCUACCUGGCGGCCCAGCACCGCCUGCGGGAGCACUCGGCCGCUGAGCUGCCUACAGGGGACCUGCAGCUUACUCUCUACCAAUAUAAAACAUGCCCUUUCUGCAGUAAAGUCCGAGCUUUUCUUGAUUAUCAUGGACUGCCCUAUGAAAUUGUGGAAGUGAACCCGAUAAUGAGGAAAGAAAUCAAAUUCUCUUCCUACAGAAAGGUGCCUAUCCUGCUAGCCAAUGCUGGAAGCACUCUGCAAUUGAAUGACUCUUCAGUGAUCAUCAGUGCAAUAAAGACCUAUCUCAUUUCCAAGAGGAAUAGCUUAGAAGAGAUUGUGUCCUUUUAUCCUCCUAUGAAAACUGUGACUGAUCAAGGCAAGGAGGUAUUCGAGUAUGGGAAUAAAUACUGGCUCAUGCUGGAUGAGAAGGAGACAAAGCGAGUCUAUCCUGUCAAAGAAGUGAGAGUGGAAGAAAUGAAGUGGAGAAAAUGGGCCGAUGAUUGGCUUGUUCACCUCAUCUCCCCCAAUGUCUACCGUACCCCAAGGGAAGCCUUCGCGUCUUUCGAUUACAUCGUCCGUGAGGGGAAGUUUGGCACCGUGGAAGGUUUCUUUGCCAAGUACAUGGGGGCCAUUGCCAUGUUCUUCAUUAGCAAGAGACUGAAGAAAAGACAUAACCUUCGAGACGAUGUCCGACAAGACUUGUACGAAGCAGUUGACGAGUGGGUAAAAGCCAUCGGCAAACAUCGACUGUUCAUGGGCGGAAACCAGCCGAACCUUGCGGACUUGGCAGUAUAUGGGGUCCUCCGAGUCAUGGAAGGGCUGGAAGCCUUUGACGACAUGAUGGUUCACACCAAGAUUCAGCCUUGGUACCAGCGCAUGGAAGAAGUCAUUCAAAAAGCUGAAGUUGCAGUCUGAUGCCAGCUUCAGCUGCCUUUCUGAAGUACUUGCAUGGAUAAAGCUUCAGAAGGAAUGACCUUGUAUUUUUUAAAGAGUUGAACGGGCUGGUCACACCUAAUGGACUGACGCGCAGGUACAGAGACUGUCCUGUUUAUGGUCCUAAGUCUCAGCGAGCAAAAGGGAUCCAGCUAUGCACAAAUCUGAAUGUGAUACUUAGAAGGAUGGGGACAGGUAAAAGGAAGGGAUCUUGGAUGCUGCUGAAAAGGAGAAGCUCUGUGACUGAACUGAAGAAUGGGCUGAACAGGCUUCUUUUAGGUGAGAGCCGUACUCAGAGCAGGUUACUGUAAAAGCAAGCUGCUUUCUUGGCUAGUAAGUGUUAUGGCCAUAUCAGAUACAGUAGGUCUGAGCAGCUUUUGCUUCAGGCUGUCUUCCUCCAUUCAUCCACGUCAUCCAAAGUGUUUUCUCGGAGUGAGACACUGGAUACUAGAUUUUAAGUGACUCUUAAUUUUUCCUGCAAUAGAAUCCAGUAAGCCCAGUGCUGAGGGAACUGGAGGAAUCCGCGACACUGGCAAAGGCAUCCUUCCUAAGACAGAAAAGAUGCUGCGCUUGACAGAUUGUAAGCUUUUACUCUUCCAUGUAAACGGUUCUUUGACUACCUGAUUCUGUACGGUCUGCAAGGAUAAAGGCUUGCUUCUCUUCCUGUGCCCUUUGUGAGAUCUGUGAAUUCCUACCUGUAACGCCCCCAAAUCGCACCCUACACAGAAACCACUCAUGCAAAACAGUAAUUUUAAAAUUUGUCUUGCAUGAAGUCUCUGGAAUACCCCUGAAAAUCUGUUUUGUUUUUUGUUUUUGUUUUUGAAAAAAAAAAGGAUUAAGAGGAAUCUGCAUCCUUGAGAUCUCUGGAUUUUUCUGUCAUAUGAGAGGAACAAAAAAGGGUUUGCUGUUGUAGCACUCGAAUUAGGAACGGUCACUGGGGGUAUCAUCACGUGUGAUGCCGACUGAGCUGUGCUAUGCAGAAGGGCCUGAUGUAUUUCUCAGUGACAGAGAAUAGAGGUUUGAAUGCAAGCGAUCCUCUCUGCAGCCCAAGGCCUCAACUUCAUUAAUUAUCAGUUCCAAAAAGUUGUUUCUGCAGAAGAAAACGUGCACUUCAAGGAAAAACUGCUUUGUGGGUGUUACAAGUGCAGCUGGAAGCUGUCUGUAACGCAGUGACUUGCACUCCGUGGGUUGGGGGGACCUUUAUUCAUAUAACAGCCAUUGUGAUGGUUCUGUUGGUUUUGUACAGAAUGUACAGAAAUGGUAGAAAUACCAGCAGGAAAACUAGUCACAAAUUCAGUUAUGUGACGGGGAGAAAUAGAAUGUUUACAGUAAAA